AUGGAGACCCAGCAGCGUGUGAGCAGUGGCCCCGACAUGGCCUGGCUGAGCGGUGCUGAGCAGGACUCCCUGGCUGGAGGAAGGGGACGGCCAGACCCAGACCCUGAAGCGGGGAAUGCCAGCGCCGGCAUCCUGCCGCCCCCCGAGUGGGACUGCACCUGGAGCCCCCGGGCCGAGGGGGGCGAGGAGCCUCUGCAGCUGCCCACCUUCUCCCCCGCCGCCCAGGCCCGCGUGGCCGUCACCUUUGCCCUCUUCGCCCUCUCUGCCGGCUGUAACCUGGCAGUGCUGCGGGCAGCGGGGGGCCGGCGAGGUGGCCGGCGCUCCCACAUCCGCCUGCUGCUGCUGCACCUGGCUGCCGCCGACCUGCUGGUGACGGUGGCUGUGAUGCCGCUGGAUGCCAUCUGGAACAUCACGCUGCAGUGGCGGGCAGGCGACCUGGCCUGCCGCCUCCUCAUGUACCUCCGGCUGCUGGCCAUGUACGCCUCCGCUUUCGUCACCGUCGUCAUCAGCCUGGACCGGCAGGCCGCCAUCCUGCGCCCACUGGCCAUUGCCAGCGCCCGGAGGAGGAACCGCAUCAUGCUCUACGUCGCCUGGCUCCUCAGCGCGGGGCUCUCGGUGCCGCAGCUGUUCCUCUUCCGCACGGUCACCCUCCGCCCCCCGCACAACUUCACCCAGUGCACCACGCGGGGCAGCUUCCCCCAGCCCUGGCACGAGACCCUCUACAACAUGCUCGGCUUCACCUGCCUCUUCCUGCUGCCGCUGCUCAUCAUGGUCUGCUGCUAUGCACGCAUCCUCCUGGAGAUCUCCCGGCGCAUGGGCUCCAGCCUCUUCUCCUCCCGGGACGUGUCGCUGCGGUGCUCCAGGAACAACAUCCCGCGGGCACGGCUGCGCACGCUGAAGAUGAGCCUGGUCAUCGUCUCCUCCUUCAUCCUCUGCUGGACCCCCUACUACCUGCUGGGGCUGUGGUACUGGUUCUGCCCGCGGGCCAUGGAGAAGACGGUCUCACCGGCCCUCACCCACAUCCUCUUCAUCUUCGGCCUCUUCAACGCGUGCCUGGACCCCAUCACCUAUGGGCUCUUCACCAUCCCCUUCCGGAGGGGCUGGGGCUGCCCCUGCGGGCAUGGCCCCGAGCCCCAACCGCCCUCCCCAGCCACCGGCUCCUUCCGCUGCUCGGACUCCUCGCUGCUGCCCAAGCGGGGUGCCGCAGGGGUGCAGGGGCAGCGGGUGCCCACUGGGACGGGGCUGCCCGCUGGGGCCAGCUCCUGCCAGAGCAGCUCCCUGUGA